GGCACCAUUCCACUGACCGCUGGACUUCAUGACCUUUUAGACAAAGCACAUCGACUGGUUGAGAUUGUAUCACCAGUUUGGGAUCUAUACUCUACCAAGAAUGCGUUUCAACUUCCUCAAGACAAGCAGGGUGAGAUUUUAUUUCAUCGACUGAUGCUUCUCAGGUCUCAGUCAGUCAAUUUAAGGGUGGUCAGUGGACCUUCUAAUUCCUCAGAGCUCAAGGUUCUCAUGCAGCAUGGUGCAGAUGUGCAUUACCUGAACAUGAAGGCCCUCAAUAAAGGUCAGCUCAACUCUUCUUUUUGGGUAGUGGACAGAAAGCACAUAUACAUGGGAAGUGCUGGCAUGGACUGGAGAUCAUUUUCAACGAUGAAGGAGUUUGGAAUAAUCAUUUAUGACUGCAGCUGUCUGGCAAUGGACCUGAACAAGAUAUUCAGCCUCUACUGGCAACUGCAAUAUAAAGAGUUUGUGCCAUCUAUAUGGUCCAAGAAACUGACUGCAUUAUAUAACAAAGACAAGAGUCUUCAACUAUAUCUUAAUGACAUUGAAGCAAAAGCCUACAUUUCUAGUUCUCCGGAUGUUUUCUGCCCUAAAGACCGCAUGAAGGACAUUGAAGCCAUUUACAGAGUAAUUCAAGAUGCCAAUACAUUCAUCUACAUCUCUGUAACCAACUAUUUACCAGUACUUAACAGCGGUCAACCCAUGUACUGGUCACGAAUUGACAACAUGCUUCGGGAAGCCUUGAUCCUGAAAACACACAUCAAAGUGCGCUUGUUACUGAGCUGCUGGGAGCAGACAGACCCUCUGUCCUUUAACUUUGUAUUGUCUCUGAAAACUCUGUGCAUGGAAUCGAUGAAUUGUUCGCUAGAGGCGAAGUUCUUCAGAGGAAUCAAUCACAACAAAUACAUGGUGACAGAUAACUCUGUGUAUCUAGGGAAUUUUAACUGGGUGGGCAAUGAGUUUUUCUUCAACGCUGGUGUUGGUAUGGUGAUAAGUCAGCAGGUGAACGAGAAGAACUCCUCUGUAGUGGAGAAGAUGAAAGCUGUGUUUGAACGAGAUUGGAAUUCUCAGUACAGUAAAACUCUUCAACCAGACAACAUCCCAGAAUGCAGCGCAACUAGAGUAAAAGACGACACAGACACAACACAGACACAACUCUUCUCCAAAACUCCAUUGCUUGGAAAUGACACAUAAAUCCUAUCACUUGCCAUAUUUUUUGUCAUCACUUAUUAUUUUAUCAAGAGAUUGCUGUUAC